AUGUUAUAUUCGCCUGCCGAUGCAAGAAACGAAAAAUAUGCAAUGGAAUAUGAGGAAUUUGGAGAGAUUACAAUCAUCAUGAACGCCUACGACCAAUUCCAUACUGAACCUGAGUUUAUGAAACAGGUGAUUUCUCAAGGGGUGGAAGUCUUGGAAACUCGAUGGAAAAGUUCCCGGUAUUGCAGGACUUGCGCGAAUAUUAUAAAGUUGGCUACAAGUAUAUUAACUGGAGAGACUGCAGACGCAUUCGAUACGAUUAAUAAGAUCGAAGCUAAGAUACAAACACUGAUAUUUCUGUUGAAUGGGGAAGACAACAAGCGUUGCGAAUCGUGGACAUCGACACUGGAUGAUAUGAUUAAGAGGAUGAGAAAGAUUUCAUCAGACUUGUUUGGUAAGGUUAUGGCCACAAAGGAUAUUGAGGUGGAUGAAUAUGAUCCUAUGGAUGAGGAUGAUAUAUCAACGGAUAAUGAUAUGGACGAUACUGAUGAAGUGGAUCUCAUUCCCGGUCAGCCUGCUUGA